AUGGGUCUCUGCGCCUCCAAGCAGGUCGAGAAUGGGGCCACUGCGGAGGAUGACGCCUCGCGCGACAUCAACUCCAAACUGGAACAGAUGCAGCGCGAAGAGCAGGCCGUCACCAAGAUGCUGGUCCUCGGGACGGGCGAGAGCGGGAAGAGCACUGUCUUCAAGCAGAUGAAGCUUCUGUACUCGGUGCCGGAUCCGCCGGCCAAGUUCGUGACGGUGGUCCGCGCCAACCUCUUUGGCAACACCCACGCCGUCGCCGCCGGCAUGCAGAAGCUCGGCAUCGACUUCCAGACGGACGAGGGACGGAUGGCGUCCGACCUGCUUCUCAAGCUGCCGGCGGACGGGAACAUCGAGAUGGACGCGAUGUACCCCGCGGCGUUCGACGCGAUGUGGGCCGACCCCGGCGUCCAGGCCGCCAUCGCACGCUCCUCCGAGUUCCAGCUCAACGACUCGACGGCCUACUUUUGGGAGCGCGCGGGCGACAUCCUCCGGACAGACUUUGUCCCGACCCAGCAGGACGUGCUGCGAGCUCGCGUGCGGACGACGGGCAUCGUGCAGCAGAACCUCGCCAUCAACGGCCGGCGCUACUCGAUGUUCGACGUCGGCGGCCAGCGCAACGAGCGUCGGAAGUGGAUCCACGUGUUCGACAACGUGACCGCCAUCAUCUUCGUGACGGCAGUCUCCGAGUUCGACCAAGUGCUGUACGAGGACGAGAGCACCAACCGCAUCGACGAGGCGCUGCAGCUCUUCCAGCAGAUCCUCGCGCACCGCUCCUUCCACAACACGUCGAUCAUCCUCUUCCUCAACAAGCGCGACAUCUUCCAGAAGAAGCUCGAGCGCGGCGUGCCCCUCACUGUGUGGGACAAGGAGUACACCGGCGGGGCCGACUACCACUCCGCCAUCGACCACGUCAAGGCGCGCUUCCUCGCGCUCAACGACCGGCCUGAGCAGCGCCAGAUCUACGCGCACGCGACGUGCGCCACCGACUCGGACAACAUGGAGUUCGUGAUGGCGUCCGUGUUCGACAUCAUCCUCAAGGAGAACCUGCGCAAGAUGGACGAGGGGACGGCGGACGCCCUCGAGACGGGCGGCGGCGGCGUCUCGGCGGUCAAGUCUCCCGCACCGUACGCCGAGGACACGGUCAUCCUGGCGGCGUGCUUCUUCACGGACUCGCUCUCGGAGCGGAUGGUGCUGACGGACGCGCGAGACGCCGCGCGGCUCCCCGCCGUCGAGCUGCAGCGCGGCCGCAUCUCCGACGCAGAGUGGCGGUGGUGCAUGGCGCUGGGCAAGGGGGUGCCCCCCUCGACGCAGAUGCAGACCUCGCACUCCGAGAUCGGCUCCUUCGCCGGCAACUUCAAGGACGGAGUGCGCGCGCUGCGCAAGCUGCUGGCCAUGCCGGACGGCGCCGAGCUGGGCUGGCUGUACGACAAGCCCAUCUACCUCGAGCACUCGCGGCUCACCGUGCUGCUCUGCGUGCGCAAGCUGCCCGAGGAGGUUCGCGCCUACUUCCCUCCCGGCGCGAUGAAGCACCCGGUCUCGUGGCGCGUGCACGAGGAGUUUGAGGACGCGACGUACCUCAAGUACUCCGGGCAAGACACGGUCGCCGCGCCGUGCAAGCCCCCGCCAAAGGACGAGGAGCUCAACCCGUUCGCGCCCAACCCGGUCCGCUUCCGCUGGUUCAAGGGCGCGGUGCUCUUCAACUCGCAGGUCGAGAAGAUCCCGGAGCGCGGCGUCUACCUUGGCAUCCUGCGUGUCGUCUCGACGCCGUCCGGCUUCAAGGUGAUGGUCAACGAGCACAACCGCGUGAUGAUCCCGCACAUCUUCCUCACCUCGCAGCAGCUCACCGACGAAGAGCGGGCGUGGGCGCACGGCGUGCGCGUGCGGUGGGAGCGGGGCGUGCCGCUUCUCGAGGGCGCCACGCCCAACCGCGGCUGGCUCGGGCCAGAGGUGACUGGCGAGGAGGGGGCGACCUUCCGCGAGAAGCUCUGGUGGGCGAUCGGAGAGGCAAAGGAGCGGCUCGGCGUCGGCGGUGGGCCGUCGGCUGGCGCUACGAACGCAGUCAACGAGGCGGCGCCGCUCGGCGUGCUGUACGACCACGAGGCGAUCGAUAUCGACGAGCGCGGACACAUACAGCUGCUGCUCUUCUGCUCGCUGGUGGAGGACGAGUCGGAGCUGCUGCCGGGGCACGUGUGGGUCGACCGCAAGGUGCUCGAGACGCAGAACAUGCGCUUCAUGUGCCCGAACACGCUCUCGUCCAUCGUCUCGCGGCAGGGCGCGCUGCAGCGAGAGCUGGCGUCGAUCGACACGGGCGUGACGGUCGACAACAUGGAGCUGAUGGCGCAGAUGCGGGCGCACAAGGAGGCGCUCAAGGAGAAGAUCGCGGCGCUCUCCGACGCGCAGCGGCCGCUCCGCUGGGUCAACCGCGUCAUCUCGUGGUGCGCCGACAAGCGCCCCUCCUUCGCUGACGGCGUGCCCGGCGCGGAAGGCCUCUCGACCGACGAGCUCGUGGCGGAGGCGAUGCGGCGCAACACGGCCGUGUCCGAGCUCAAGCAGGCGCGUCGCGCGCUCCUGGCCGAGCAUCUCCCGCCGCCCAGCCGCACCUCGGGCUGA